AUGUCGAGAGGAAAUUAAAGAGUUUAAUUGCCCCAAAUUCAACAGAAAUAACAAGUGGAAAAUUACAAUUUCAUUACUUCGAAGAAGAAGACAGUUUAAUUCUAAUAGUCUAUGCCACCAGAAGACAAUCAAGAGGAUUGGAAGAAGAAAUGUGAGGAAUUAUAAAAGGAUGUCGAAACCAGGAAUCAAACGAUUUUCAGUAUUCAGAGGAAUUUUGAAUCUCUAUCUGCUUUGUUGAAGACUGAGAAGCAAGAGAAUAUGGGCAUUCGAGAUGAAGUUGUUAGAUUGAGAGAGUUGAAUUCAUAAUUGCAAUAACAAGAUAAAGAUAACCAAUACAAAAUCAGUGAGAACUAAAGGAAGUUGAAGGAAUUACAACAAUAUCAUGAUUAAUUGUAGGAGGAGAGGAAAUCGAAUUAAAGAUAGAAUGCUGAAAUCAAUAAUUUGAAAAAUUAAAUUACAUAACUAGAAGCAAUCAUUAACAGAAAAGAAAAUGAAAUCAGAUAAAUGUCAUCAACCAUCACUUCUCUCCAAAUGGAUCUAUCUUUGCUGCCUUCCUUAACAAAAGAUAAUGAAAAGUUACAAUAAACCAUAGAAACACUCAAAGAACAAAUUGUAUAUUUAGAGAAAUCCAAUUCCGAUAAAGAAUUGAAUCUCCAAAUUGCAUUCAAGAAUCACACACAACUUAAUAGUCUUAUUGAAAACUUGAAACUCGAUAAUAUAGCUGCACAAGGAACCAUCAAACAUCUUAAGUCUGAAGAGAAUAUAUCCCUAUCGAAAAUUGCCAAACAAUAAUAAGACAUUUAAGAAUUAUAAUCUCAAAUUAAAUAAUUGCAAGAUUAGCUUAACAAUCAAAACACUGUGUUACAAACAAGAAAUUAAUAGGAUGGACAACAAAAUUAAGCCAUUUUACAAUUGCAAAAGUAAUUACUAGAAUAACAAAAACAAUAUUAAAUUAUACUUGAUGAAAAUCAAAAUCUUACUAAUUUUGUGAAUGAAAAUAUGCCAAUAAUUGAACAAUACUAAUUAGUUUUAUCCACUUUUGGAAACACAGAUUUUGUUUAGUUAAUCAAGGAUUAUUAGAAAUUGUAAUAAGAUUUUAAAUAAAAAAAUGAAAAACUUGAAUAAACACUCUAAGAGAAUUAAAAAUUGAAUGAGAAGUUGCAAUAAAGUUAACAAGAAAUCACCAGCGUUAGAAGUUAAAUUUCAUAGUUGUAACAACAAAACAAAGAAUUAAAUCAAAAAGCUUCGUAUUUAGAAGAUGAGUUAAAAACGACUUAAACUAUUAAAUCUUCAUCUCUUAAUAAUGAGUAGAUCAUUAAAACCUUACAAUAACAAUUGAAACAAAAAGGUGAAAGUGAACAAAAUAUAUUAUCAUAAAUGAGGAUAAUGCAAUAAGAAUUAUAAAAAUAUAGUGAAUUCGAUGGAUUAAUUAUGACUUAUAAUCAAUUUACAAAACCUGUAGAGUUUAUAUUAUCCUCUGAUCUAAGUUAACUUAAAUAGAAUAUCGAAUAAAUUACCUAAUCGAACUAAUUAUAUGUUGAAGAUAUUGAGCAGAGAAAUAAAUAAAUUGAGUCCUUAACCUCAUAACUCUCAGAUAAAGAAUAAGCUCUGAAUGAUUAAACCUAAUAAUUAGCCAGUUCUAAUGCAUAAAUGCUGUCUUUGAAAAUGAAGCUAGACUAAGCAUUAAUAGAUUUAGAUCAACUCGGCAAAGAGAGUAAGGCGUAGAAAAUUUCGAUUGAUUCAUUAGGGAAUGAGUUGACUGUGGCCAACAAAGAGAAUAGGAAUCUUUCAUAAUAGGUCUAUGAAUAAAUGGAAAAUUUGCAAUAAUUAAAUAUGAAGAAUACAAAUCUACAAAAAGAGUUAAACUAGAACUAAGACAUCACAUAUAAGUUAGGGUUGGAUGUAAAGAAUUUGACUUAGAAACUGAAGAAAGCAGAAGAAGAAUUAGAAAUGCUUAAUCCUGAUAAAAUGAGGGGAUUGUAAUUGUAAUUAGAUUAGAAAGAGAAGGAAUUCUAAAGUCAAUUGCAAAAUAUUGCACUUGCUUUGGAUGCUUAAAUCACAUCCAUCUCCUGUAAUAGUUGCAUGGAAGUAUUAUAAAAGACUAAUACCUGUUACCCUUGUGGUCAUUCUUAUUGUGAGAAAUGCUUCCAAAAUCAAUGCUAAGAAUGUCAGGAUUAGGAUGGUUGGUUCAAGAAUAAGAGAUUAGAUGACUUAAUUAGUAAGAUAAAUUAUUCUAAAUAAAUUCUGAAUACUUAUAAAAAGAAAUGA